CUCCAACGCCCAUUUUCUCACCUAGAUUCGCAUGGAUCUAGGGGGUUGGACUAGAAGACCUCUAAGGUCCCUUCCAAUUCUAUUCGGAUGGAUGGAUGGAUGGAUAAAUGCUGUCUCCGUUAGCAAACCGCUCACACUUCCAAGAGAGAGAGAGAGGAAAAAACUCCCCCAAAAAAGAGAGUAACCCAAAUCCGCAUUCUGGCAUCUUUGCAUUUUAAAGGUAGAUUGCUCUUGAACAAGGAAGCUCCGUGCAGCACCAAAGACCAGAUUUGUCCAUUUUCGGAGACCGGUGGCUUAGCUUUUUUCGGCAAACCAGCCUUUUGAGGGUGUUGCCCGUCCUGCUUACCUUCUUUGCCCAUCCUCUGCCAGUGAGUUAUCCGCCAGCCGUUGGCCUCCAUGGCUCUCUGCCCAUAGUCUGCUACCUCUCCAAGGACUCCCAUCUUGAGCCAGCCGCCUGUAGAAGCCGGUACAGUGAUGCGCCGGACGACGGUUUUGGCCCUGGUCUCCAUCGUCUUGCUUUACCUGGGGAUGGGCGCUGUCGUCUUCCGGCUGCUGGAGCAGCCUCACGAAGCGGUCCAACAGGUGAAGAUCCAGGCCUACCUGGAGCACUUCCUGAAGGCGCACGAGUGCGUGGCAGUAGAAGACCUGGAGGAGCUGAUCCAGCAAAUCAACGAGGCGACGGGGGCUGGCGUGGAUCCAGCGGUCAACGGUAGCAAUGCCAACACUUCUCGCUGGGAUAUGGACAGCGCGUUUUUCUUCGCCGGCACCGUCAUUACCACAAUCGGGUUUGGAAAUAUCUCGCCCAAGACCAGAUAUGGCCAACUUUUCUGCAUCUUUUACGCCCUGGUGGGAAUCCCUCUUUUUGGGAUGCUGCUUGCCGGGGUUGGAGAUCAGCUGGGAUCCUCCCUUAGGAAAGGCAUCGGAAAAGUGGAAGAUAUUUUCCUGAAAUGGCAAGUCAGCCCCACCAUCGUGCGCAUCCUUUCAGCCCUGUUGUUCAUCCUGAUCGGCUGCCUGCUCUUCGUCUCGUUGCCCACCAUCAUUUUCCAGUACGUGGAAGGCUGGACCCUCCUGGAGAGCGUCUACUUUGUGGUUAUCACCCUGACCACGGUGGGCUUUGGGGACUACGUGGCAGGUGACAUGGGAAGCAGAGCCUAUUUCUGGUACCAACCGCUGGUGAUUGUCUGGAUUCUCCUGGGAUUGGCCUACUUCGCUUCCAUUCUGACCAUGAUUGGCAACUGGCUGCGGGUCUUGUCCAGGCGCACGAGAGCCGAGGAAAUUUGA